GAAAUGGCUGCCACUGUUUAUACUUCCCGUGAAUUUCCCUCGCUUUUUGCAUUCGAGAAGCCGGUGAAGCACAAAAGCACAAGCUAUUGUUGAAAAAUGUACAUCAAAAAGAUCGUCAUCGAGAACUUCAAAUCCUACAGGGGACAACAUAUUUUCGAUGGUUUGCACCCAGGACACAAUACCAUAGUCGGCCUCAAUGGCUCCGGAAAAAGCAGCCUCUUGGAGUCCAUCGUCUUCGUCGUAAGUAACCGUUACUACCCGAUCACAAAAGAACAGAGGGUUUCAGUGAUCAACGACAACCCCAUAAACCACACGAGGUCAGCCUCAGUGGAGAUAAUUCUCUCGAACGACGACAAUGUCCUCUCAAUAGACAUCUCAGAGGUGCGAAUCCGCAGGGUGAUCUCCCUACAGUUUGACCGCAUCACCGUUAACAACCAGAACUGCCAUCCAGACGAACUAUUCCAGCUACUCUCACCAGUCUUCCCCAGGGAGAAUCCUUAUUACAUUGUUCGACAGGAUGAAGUGGCUCAUCUGGCUACUGGCACUAACCUUAUUAGGUUCGAAGUGAUUGUGAUGGCGAUUGGAGUCCACAAGUUUGAUGAGGGUAUCACCGAGCUCCUCCUCCAGAUCGCGGAGAAAACGCAGUGCAUUGAGGACCUGCAGACUGACCUCGAAAGUCACAGGGAGAAGCUCGCCCUUCUGAUGACCAAGUACAACUACUUUACGAGGAUCAACAAAACGCGUCGUUACCUGGAGCAUAAGCUGUACCAGCUGCACCUCGAGGACUUGCAGUCGCAGCUGUCUCAGCUGGCAGACCCCUACGAUGAUGAGGUCCUGAAGGCCGAGGGGGCGAAGACAGCCUACAGCGCAGUCCACUCGGAGUACGUCGAUGUGAAUGCUGAGGUAAUCGCUCUACAGGGGGAGAUCGAUCUCUUGGAGAAGAUGAAGAGGAAGGGAGAGAUUGAAGAUAUCGAGUUGGCGAAGGAGCUGAACACCCAGCAGCUGGAGAGGGAAGAAAUAAGGGAGAAACUACAGGGAUUAAAUUCGGACGAAUCCGAGAGUUUCGAAAAGCGCCAUGAGUUGCUCCUCUCGAGGAUCUCGGAGCUCGAGGAGAAGGCGAAGGGCCUCGAGACUGCGUUGCAAGACAUCAGAAACAACAGUAACGAGGUCUGCCGAGAGCUGGAACGCCACGAGUACCAGCUGAUGGACCUCUCCAGGAGCAAGAUCAUCAUCGAGAAGUUGAAGACAGGAGAUCACGACCUGACUGAGGUAAUGCCAAGGGCUUCUCAGGUCACCAGAAUCAUUCAGGAGGAGGAGGAAGAGGUCGCCAGGCUGGAAGUCACCGUAGAGAAGGCUUUUGUUCAGAGGACCGAGGGCGAGAAGGAACUGGAAAGGCUGAGGAGUCAGUUAAGCGAUGUAAAGCUGCUGCUGCGUGAUCACAGGAGGAAAAAGGAGGAGCUCCAGAGGGCUAGGCACGAUCUCCUGGGGCGGAGGAAGGAGCAGCAGAGGGAGGCGGACGUUCUUCGUGAUGAUAUCGAGGCACUGGAGACCCGGAUUGGGACGAUCAAACAAAAACUGCAGAUGAUGGUCAGGGGAGAUGUCCUCGAGGGGAUCGAGUCGGUGAGGAAGAUCCUGGAGGAUUGGAGGCAGAGGGACGACCGGCUGGAGCUCGUUGAGGGGGUCAAGGGGAUUCUCCUGGAGGUUUUUACGUGCAGAGAACCUUCGGUGGCUUUCGCCAUGGAGGUCAGGGGUGGCGAUCAGCUGUUUCAUUAUGUCGUGAGGGACAGGAUUGUCAUCGCUGAGAUCUUGAGGGAGAUGAAGGAGAGGAACAUGAGGGGAAUCGUCAAUUUUAUCCCCCUCGGGGACGUGGAGGAGCUCCAGGUGAGGUAUCCCCUGGGGGAGUUCAAUUGCAGACCUUUGGUAUCGUUUUUGGUACCUCGGGAUGGCGAGCUCCAGAAGGCUGUGGACUUCGUCUUCGGGAAGACUGUCGUCGUGAGCAGUCUUAGGGAUGGCAUCGCACUUGCCAAUGUCUAUGACCUGCAGGCGAUUACUCUGAAUGGACAGCAGGUCCUGAGGAAGGGUAAGUACAGGGGAGGCUUUCGAGAUCGCCGAAACUCUCGACUAGAACUCUACAAAGAGUACUGUGAGCAGCGAGCUAAACUAGAUGCUGUCACAUUGAAUCACAAGAACCUCCUCACCUCCCUCCAGUCGAUGAACGAUGAACUCCUUCUUCCAAUGUCUGAACUCCAGAAGCUGGACGUGAAGAUCCAGGCGGCUGAACAGCACAUCUUGGGCCUCCAAACGGACAUUGCCGAGGCAUCGAGGAGCUUCGAGCAGGCAUCGGACAACUACUCCCCCCUGAAGAAGUACCUGGAAGACACGAGGAUGAGACUGGAGGAAUCGAAGCAGGAGCUGUCAACAGUGGAGACAGAGAUCGAAGAUCUGGAGAGGACAUCUGUCGAGGAAGUCGAGAUGUCUAUUCAGCAGCUUCUUGAGGACUCCCUACGGCUGGAGAAACAGAGAAAACAGGCGAUCGCAGAGAUUCCGCACCUGGAAGGGAGACUGUCCUCGGUGAGGGAAAUCCUGUCUCGUUUAGAGAAGGACAGGGACGAGCUGGAGGCACAUGUGGGGGAUUACUCUCAGGAUAUCCUCCAGGAACGACUCGUCGUCGCCGAGCAGAAGCUGGAGAAGCGCAGGAAGGAUCUGGGGGAGCGGAUGCAGAGACUGGAGGUGAUUGAUGAGAAGAUAAUUGGACUUACAAGGCAGCUAUCAGAGGUGGAGAAGAGGGCGAGGGACUUGGACUUCGAGAGAGAGAAGGCCAGGAUGACAUGGGAGGCAGCGAAGGAGGACGUGGAGGCGGUUAAAGGUAGAAUGGACUGUCUCACGAGGAAGAUGGGGGAGUGGGAGAAGAGACUGGCUGAUGUGGGGACCCUCCCCAGCAUCAGGAACCCCAGGGUUUUUGACAAUAUGGGGAAGAAGGCGUUGGAGAGGAAGAUCAGAGACAUCGGGAGGGAGGAGAAGGCUCUUGGGGCUGUCGACUGUAGCAUCAAGGGUAAGAUGAAGGGGCUGGAGGGACAAAUGGUGGCUCUGGAGCGUCUCCUGGAGAAGGAGGAGGAGAGGAAGAGGAGCUACGAGGAGGAAAUGGAAAAGAUCGAGACAAAGAGGGUCGAGGCCUUGAGGGUGGGGUUCGAAAAAAUCAACGAGUUUUUUGAGGACAUCUUUGGGAACAUCGUGACCAACGGUCGGGCCAGCCUUCUUCCAGUAGGGGAGGAUGGAGAGGUGGGGGAUGACUGGAGGAGCGUCAGGGGAGCCAGGAUUAGGGCGACUUUUGCCGGUGGACAGGAGGUGGAGAGAAUGUAUCAGCUCUCUGGGGGACAGAAGACUGUCAUCGCUCUGUGUCUGAUCUUUGCUGUUCACAGGUUCAAACCUGCGCCUUUUUAUUUACUUGACGAGAUUGAUAAGGCACUUGAUGGGUGCUUCAGGGCAUCUGUGGCUGGGAUGGUUCAUGAGAUGAGUAGGAAUGCACAGUUUGUGAUCGUCACGUUUAGAGAGGAGUUGGUGAUGCUGGCUGAUAGAUUUUUCAAGGUGACUUCCAGUCAUGACUGCUCACAUGUGCAGGACUGCAACAGGGAGGAGGCUCUGGAGAUCAUUAGGAAAGAUGCUGAGGAGGAGUGAUUUUUUUUCAUUUUUAUUAUUUUUUUCAGUUUGCGAUUACACUCAUAUAUAUUUUUUUAAUUGUCUCAAAGGUGUUGAAUGACAGAAAUUAUUAUAAACAUUAGUGUAUUGUAGUAUUGUAAAACUGUUCAUUUGCUUGUUCUGAAUUUCACGAAGAACUAAUGUUCAUGAAAUAAAUGGAAUUUUAAUUAAUUAAAUUAGUUGAGAACGUUCAGUUGGAGAAUAUAAACGAAACAGGAAGAAAAGUUUCAUAUCUCUCCGACUUGAGGAUUUUUAUUAGAUUUAAAAUCUCCCUCGAAACAGAUGAAACUCUUCUCAACCUGAAAUUAUGACACUCGUUAGGUUAUAACGAUGAUCGUGAGUUCCCACCAUGAUGUACAGUGGUCCAGCCCUCAUUUUCGUCAUCUGGAUAACAGCACAGGUACCUCUAUCCUCAG